UCUGGAGGAGGAAGUCCUCAGUCCCAGCGUCCUGCCGAACUGUCCGAUGACGAGGUCGGGGAGCUUUUCCAGCGCCUUGCUGAGGUCCAGCAGGAGAAAUGGAUGCUGGAGGAGAAGGUAAAACAUCUGGAGGUAAGCUGCUCCUCAAUGGCUGAAGACAUCUGCAGGAAGAGCGCCAUCAUCGAGACGUACGUGAUGGACAGUCGCAGAGACGUGUCGGUCAGCGCUGUCGGAGGUCACGGAGGCUCUCAGGGAGAGAGAGGAGGUCUGGGUUCAGUCCUCAGAGAUCUGGUUAAACCAGGAGACGAGAAUCUGAGAGAGAUGAACAAGAAGCUGCAGAACAUGUUGGAGGAGCAGCUGACCAAGAACAUGCACCUGCAGAAGGACCUGGAGCUUCUUUCCCAGGAAUUAGUCCGGCUCAGUAAAGAUGGCAGCAACCCAGCUGGUUCGGGAUGAGACCAACACCUGGAUUCAUUCUGCUUGCUUCACAGCCCCCAACCCCACACCCCCUCAUUCAGUAGUGCUGUGGGCUCUGACUACUGCCUGGAGCCUGGGUAGCUUACUGGGUAUGACUAAAUGCUGGAUCUUGUCUAUCAGUUUGUGCAUGAGGUGAGUAAAUGGAAAGUUUCACACAUGAAGAACCCGAGGAGGCACCAGAAUCAUCAUGAACAAAAACUGUUGGACUCAGUUCAUUAUCGCUGUUGAAUGUACUGGUACUGUAAUUAGACUGCACCAUCACUGAGACCUGGCUAUGAUCUGGAAAUGCUUUGUAAGUGACUGUAAUUUAUUUUCUUUGUGUCUUAAGUCUGUUUGAUGGGAUAUGACUACACCCUGGAGCAUGACUCACAACUGACCUCAUUGUUUUCUGUUCGAGUAACUCUGUUGUGGCCUGACUACUUCCUGAAACUCAUAUCUGAAACAGAGCAGACAUCGUGACUGAAAAGCUUUUACCUUAUUGGUCAGUUCUCAACCAAUCAGUGAGCUCGUUUGUAAAAUGACAUCAUUCAAAGAGCAGCGUUACUCGUUUUAACCUGAAAAAGUUAAAAAUAAACAGUUUAUCCUUUACUAAUCAAAGUAAAAAACUGUUGCCAUGGCAACAGUGUCAGAGUUCUGUGAUUGUUGUAUUUCACUACAAAACAUGGAGAAUGAUCUGAUAACUGAUCAGGAAUCAAUAUUUGUUCUAAAGAUGCAGCAGGUCGUUCUGGUCCUACAGAAGCCCGGAAGGACAAACCAAACACCAGUUUGACAACUAGAUGGCACUACGUCCUUCACAGAGGAACUUUAAACAUAAAACACAUAACUGACGACAAAACGUUCUAAAGUCUUUACGUCGUGAGUCACAUCUGCAAAACUAAUAUUUUAUCUGUAACAGGUGAUAAAAACCAAAUCUUCUUCAACUUCUUCAGCAGGUUGACCAACGACUCGCUGCAACUUGCAGCA